AUGAUCUUUUCGUUUUGGACCUAUUCAUACAUACCAUUUUUGGUAAGUCUGUUCAUGUGGGUAAGUACCAUUCAACUGGGGUUACAAACUCUGCUACGUUUUGGGACUCUUAAAAUGUACUCAACUGCUGUAUGUUUACAGGUACCUGUAUUCUCUCUGACGGAUAUUCUUCGCUACAAACCGGUGGUUGUGCUUGAGGGCGCGUGUCUGUCGUUAACCUGGAUUCCUCUUAUGUGGGGCGAAGUCAUAGUACAAAUGCGACUUAUGCAAAUUGCCUUCGAUUUUGUUUCAGCUGCAGAAGUUGCGUACUAUUCAUACCUCUAUGCGAUUGUAAACGAGAGGAACUAUCGCCGUGUGACCUCAUACGAUCGUAGUGCUGAUUUCACAUGGACAUUGUUGGCGUGUAGCUUGGCUCAUGUCCCCAUUUCCACUGGAGCUGCUACAUAUUUGACACUGAAUCAGGUGUGA